AUGGCGCCCUCAGGUCCGCGAGCCCAGCGCAAUACGCGCAACCCUUCGGCGCCGACCAAACCCGGCGGUCGCUCUGGCGGUAUCAAGAAGCGUGGUGCUGGGGGUCCAGUCAGAACCGACAGAGAUGGAGAUCUUGAUAUGGAUGCACCGGCCGCCAAGGGUGGUGCUGGCCGUGGCAACCGCCCACCCAACACCAAUGGUACCUCUGCGCCGCCGCCCACUGGCCCCCGCCGCUCCACGCGAUCAGCACCCGCCGGCGGUCGCGCGCCCAAGCCUACGACGCGCGCCGCAGAUAUGGUCAAGAAGAUCGUCGAGUCCGGCGGCUCGGGCAACUUGUCCUCGCGCAUUGCAGCAGGACGCGACACCUCCAGCAGGCACACGCGCUCGCGCCCCGUCAACGGCGUCGAUCGCGUCACACUGGUCGUGCGAGGGCUGAAGGAAAGCAAGGCUUCCAGCAAUGAUGGUGGUGGCCUGCGAGACCUUCUGAUUUUCCUAGAACGCAAGGCUGCCACCGUUGGCAAGCUUCACCGCACCGUCAAAAUCAACAAGUCGACUAUGAAGGGCGACUUGGUCUACAUCACAGCAAACAAGGAGGACGCGGAGGAAAUAAAAAAAAUCAACGGCUUCGAAUUUGCCAGCGCUCGCCUUUCCAUCGAGGAGCUGCCCGAGGGGGCGUCUCCCGGCUUGUCCGAACAAUCACAAAGCCUCAAAGACCAGCUCACAACUGUGCUUGGUCAGCGGUACAACCAGGAGAGCAAGCUCAUGAACCUCUCGGACCUUGGCCAGGACCCUAUUCUGCAGCAGAUGGGCAUGUUCAACCAGGCCACACCAGAGAAGGUCUUUCGUGCCCUGAUGGUUAUCUUGGAGGACAAUUUCAAGACGGCCCAGGCCAAGCGCGAAGGCAUCCACAGCGUCAGUCUCGCUGGCAACAAUAUUGACGACGUACACCAAAUCAUGUCGCUUGCAGAUGCUCUGCCAGACCUGCUCAACCUGGACUUGAGCCGCAACAUGUUCAAGGAUGCCAAGGCACUGCGGAAAUGGAGCCAUCGUCUGCGAAAGCUCGAAGCUCUCUACCUCAGCGACAACCCCGUCGGAACUGAUGCGUCUGCUAUGGCUGAGAUUACAAAACUGUUUCCCAGAUUGCAGAACCUCAGCGGCGUUCAAGUCAGGACCAAAGAAGAGGUCGAGGCGGCGUCACGGGCUCCAAGAGUGUUUCCCAUCCCACAGUUCGGUACCGACUUUCGAGAUUUGAAUCGCGUCGGCGAGGGCUUCGUCACCGAAUUCUUCGCUCUCUACGACACCGACAGGCAGACGCUUGCUGCCAAGUUCUACGAUGAACAGAGUACCUUCUCUUUCUCGGUCAUGACGAGCAGUGCCCACAUUCCCAACGCACCGCCGCUCACGUGGAGCUCCUACAUUCGACUCUCCCGGAAUCAUGUCCGAAUCACUCACCCGCCCUCGAGAUAUCAACGCCUCUUUGUCGGCGGCCCCCUUGUCCAGGAUGCCUGGUCAAAGCUACCUCUUACACGGCAUCCCAGUCUUACUGUGGAGUUCGACAAAUACCUCAUUGACUGUCAUCCCAUGAGCGGACUCGCAGAUCCCACUGGCAGUGAGCUGGGCGGCGUGGAGGGCAUGAUUAUCACUAUGCACGGUGAAUUUGAGGACCAGGACCCCGAGACCAAAGUCACUUCCAAGCGAAGCUUCUCGCGGACUUUCGUGAUCGGACCCGGCUUUCCCGGCAGGAACCCGAUUCGUGUCGUUAGUGACUUGCUACAGCUGCGUGCGUACAGCCCCUUGCCUCCUCAGACCGGAGUUCCAGAGGGAAUACAAACCAGCGCAGCACCUGUAGCCAACGCGCCAAUCAACCCAGUGGCUACCCAAGAGCAGAUGGCAAUUGAGCUUUCUAAGCAGACUGGCAUGACCUUGGACUAUUCCAAGAUGUGUCUUGAUGCCGCUCAGUACAAUCUUGAGCGAGCCCUGGCUACAUUCAACGAAAUGAGAGCGCAACUCCCGGCUGAAGCAUUUGCCCAGCCUAUCGCAUGA